UCGUUUCGAAUUGUUACAUCUUUUAUAGUAGCAUAAUCUAAUAUACGUUUGAAAAAAAGCCUGAUUUUAUUUUAAAAGACAACAUAUGUUCGGCCUUUUUUUCCCCUGUGAUUGCACUUAAAUCAAGCAUACAGUAAGCCUUAUUGAACUACACUACGGCGACAAAAGUAGGACAGUCUUGUUUGACGCUCGAUGGUACAGCAAAACGCGUUUGAUUACAGUUUGACCACGAUAUCUUGUCUUUAAACAAUGGCAGCGCAUUUAAAGAAACGAGUUUAUGAAGAAUUCUCAAAAGUUGUCCAGCAACACCAGCAGGAAGAGAUCCCAGCUAAGAAGUUAAGGUUGACCAAACCCAGCAAGUCGGCUGCCCUCCAUAUUGACCUGUGCAAGGCCAGCAGCCCCACCGAAGCGCUGCAGUACCUCCUUCAGUUCGCCCGCCAGCCCGUGGAGGCCGAAAGCGUGGAGGGGGUGGUACGCAUCCUCCUGGAAUAUUACUACAAGGAAACGGACAGCUCAGUACGACUGAAGAUUGCCUCUCUUCUUGGGUUGCUGUCCAGAACUCAAGGCUUUUCUCCAGACUGCAUAGUGGAUGAUGCCAUUAAUACUCUGAACAAUGAAAAAUCACACCAGGUUCUUGCACAAUUGCUGGACACACUUCUGGUCAUUGGUUCACAGCUUCCAGAGAGCCAGAGUCUCAGACUUAGAUUAGUUGAAGUGGCCUGCAAGCAUCUCGCCGACACGUAUUUCGGCGUGAGGAAUAAAUGUCUGCAACUGCUAGGCUGCCUGGGGUCUGUGGAAAAGCUGGCGUCCAAAGAGAGCGAGAGUGUGGCUUUGAAGGAUGUGCAGAGCAUCGUCAGCGAUUACUUUGGCGAUCAAGAUCCCAGGGUCCGGACGGCAGCUAUCAAAGCUAUGCUGCAGCUACAUGAACGAGGCAUGAAACUACAGCAGACCAUUUACAACCAGGCCUGCAAGCUGCUUUCAGAUGACUAUGAGCACGUCCGCUCAGUGGCUGUGCAGAUGGUCUGGGUUCUGAGCCAGCUUUAUCCCGAGAGCAUAGUCCCUAUUCCCUCUUCGAAUGAAGAAAUCCGACUGAUUGAUGAUUCAUUUGGCAAAAUUUGCCACAUGGUCAGUGACGGAUCGUGGGUAGUCAGAGUACAAGCUGCAAAAUUGUUGGGCUCAAUGCAGCAAGUUAGCGCUCACUUUCUAGAACAGACAUUGGACAAGAAACUGAUGUCAGAUCUGAGGAGAAAGCGUACUGCCCAUGAGAGAGCUAAGGAGCUGUACAGCUCUGGGGAGUUCUCCUCAGGCAGAAAAUGGGCAGACGACGCUCCGAAGGAGAAAGUGGACACGUUCUCUGUCAAUCUGAUUGACUCUGGAGCCUGUGGAGCGUUUGUGCAUGGGCUGGAGGAUGAGAUGUAUGAGGUGCGGAUUGCGGCCGUGGAGGCCCUGUGUGCACUGGCUCAGUCCUCGGCCAGCUUCGCGGAGAAGUGCCUGGAUUUUCUAGUGGACAUGUUCAACGACGAGAUCGAAGAAGUUCGGCUGCAGUCCAUCCACGCCUUGCGGCAGAUCUCCACCCACAUCACCCUGCGAGAAGACCAGCUGGACACGGUGCUGGCUGUGCUGGAGGACUCUUCUCGGGACAUUAGAGAAGCCUUGCAUGAGCUCUUGUGCUACACUAAUGUAUCUACGAAGGAGUGCAUUCAUCUGUCCCUCGUGGAGCUGCUCAAGAACUUGACAAAGUACCCAACGGAUCGCAACUCUGUCUGGAAGUGUUUGAAGUUUCUUGGGGCAAGGCAUCCUACAUUAGUGCUGCCUAUAGCCCCUGAGCUCCUGAGCACACACCCCUAUUUUGACACUCCUGAACCCGAUAUGGAUGACCCAGCGUACAUUGCUGUUCUGGUUUUGGUUUUUAAUGCUGCCAAGUCUUGCCCUACCAUGCCGGCACUUUUUUCAGACCACACAUUCAGACAUUAUUCCUACCUGAGGGACAGCCUUUCUCACCUAGUCCCACAGCUAAGGCUGCCAGGGCAGAAGCUGGUGUCUGUGUCCGAUUCCUCCAGCAUGGGAUCCAGUGUGGAGUCCUCUCAGCAGUUCCUCCAGGACAGCCUGGCCAGAGUCUGCACCAUCCAGCACCUGGAGGCCCCUGGGGCCCAGGACCUGCUGGACUUUACUAUCAGGGAUCUCCAGAGACUGGGAGAGCUGCAGACAGAGCUGUCGGGGGCUGCUGAUUUUUCUGCAACGUAUCUUCGCUGCCAGCUGUUGCUCAUGAAAGCUUUGCAGGAGAAGCUGUGGAACGUGGCUGUCCCCCUGCACCUGAAACAGAACGCCAUGGCCUCUGCAGCCGCUCGGCAGAUUCUGGAAGAGACGUACAAGCUCGAGUUCCUGUACAGCGGGCUGGAGAACAGACAGGUGGCCAUCAUUCACCAUGUCAGACUGCAGGCCAAGGCGCUCCAGCUAGUCCUGACUGCUCGCACCAGACGAGGGGUGGAGCCUUUGUUGAGUAUCUGUGAAAAGUUUCUUCAAGACGUGGAUGCAUUUCAGAGGUGUUUUGCCUCAGAAUUACCCCAUUUCCAAGAUAGUUUUGUGGAGAAGCUGCUGGAAUUGAUGCCCAGGCUUGUGGCCUGUAAACCGUUAGACCUGGUGAAGAUCCUGCAGACCACACUCAGACAGAGUGGCUUCCUGCACCUCAAGCUGCCUGAACAGAUCCACAGGGCAACUGCAACCAUCAUUGAGACAAAUGGAGAAUCUGAUAAUCCCCUGAGAUUCACCUCUGGAUUAGUGAUGGCCCUGGACAUUGAUGCAACACUUGAACAUGUGCAGGAUCCACAAAAUUGUGUUAAAGUUCAGGUUCUGUACCCAGAUGGACAGGCACAUAUAAUCCACCCCAAACCCAGUGAUUUCAGAAAGCCUGGGCCUGGAAGGCACAGGCUCAUAACUCAGGUGUACCUCUCUCAUUCUGCCUGGACAGAGCCCUGCCAGAUUGAGGUGAAGCUGCUGCUUGCCUACAGCUCCAGCGCAAGCAGAGUGCCCUCCCUCAAGCCAGCCUGGAAUGACAGCACAGACGGGAUGCCACCCAUGGACAGCUCCAUUGAAGGCACUAUUCCCUUCAGCAAGCCUGUGAAGGUCUUCAUCAUGCCCAAACCUGCCAGGCGCUGACCAGCACCUUGACACUUCACCCUUGUUAGCCGAAAGACGACGACUAUGAAGCUUCCUGCAGAUGCUACACACUGUGGAUAGAAUUUCCUUAAAAGUAAUGGCAUUCGCACUCUGUAUUCAUCCUAAAAGAUGUAAAUAGGACAACUGUAAUUUAAUAUUUUUUCUACAUAGUUUUGUUUCAUAAACGUUUUGUAUAAAUGUGUUGUAUGAUGAUACUGGAGGAAAACUAAAUUAAACCUUCCUAAGAAUAUGUCAA